AUGCGUUCGCCGCGCCUUCGUUGCAUCGCAUCCUUCGCAAAGGAGGCCGUUUCGCUGCGCUUAUGGGCGCACGCGCCCCUCCCCCUCCUCCCCCUGUCGCGUCCAUCCCACGCGCGUGCUCCAACGCGGCCGACCGCGUCCGCUUCCCCCUUCUGCAACGCGUCGCUCGCCACGGCCGACCGCGUCAACGACCUCCUGCAGCGCCUCUCACUGCACGAGAAAGUGCCGCUGCUCACGGCCCGCAGCAGUCCACGAGGCAACGUGAGCCGACUCGGACUGCCCGAGUACAACUGGGGCGCCAACUGCGUCCACGGCGUCCAGUCCACGUGCGGCGUCCACUGCGCCACGUCGUUCCCGAACCCCGUGAACAUGGGCGCGCUCUUCGACCCGCGCGCGGUGUUCGCCAUGGCGCAAGUCGUGGCGUGGGAACUGCGCGCGCUGUGGCUCGAAGGCGCGCGCGAGAACUACGCCGCGGGGCCGCACGUGGGCCUCGACUGCUGGUCGCCGAACGUCAACGUCAACCGCGACCCGCGCUGGGGGCGCAACAUGGAGACGCCGUCGGAAGAUCCGCUCGUGAACAGCCGCUACGGCGUCGCGUACACAAAGGGACUGCAGGAGGGCCGAGACAAGCGCUUCUUGCAGGCCGUCACGACGCUCAAGCACUUUGCCGCGUACUCGUUCGAGAACUCGGACGGCAUUGACCGAAGAGCGUUCGACGCGGUCGUCUCGCGGUACGACUUGGCCGACACGUACCUGCCGGCGUUCCGGGCGGCCAUUGGCCAGGGACAGGCCAAGGGCGUCAUGUGCGCGUACAACAGCGUCAACGGCGUGCCCAUGUGCGCGAACGAGAAGCUAAACACGCAGUUGUUGCGGCGGGCGCUGGGCUUUGACGGCUACAUCACGAGUGACUCGGGGGCGAUUGAGGGCAUCUUUCGGCAUGCACACUACACGACGUCGCUGUGCGAAGCGGGUCGGCUCGCGAUCUUGUCGGGCACGGACAUCAACAGUGGCAGAGUGUACGAGCGCUGUCUGGCGGACCUCGUGACGAGUGGGCGUUUGCCCGAAGACGUGGUGGACGACGCGUUGCGGAGGACGUUGAAGCUCCGGUUUGAGUUGGGCCUCUUCGAUCCCAUCGACGACCAGCCGUACUGGCACGUUCGACCGAGUGAGGUCAACACGGCGGCCUCGAAGCAACUGAGUCUCGACCUCACGCGCAAAUCGCUGGUGCUGCUGCAGAAUCACGGCAACGUCUUGCCGCUGCGCAAGGGCACGAAGGUCGCGGUGAUUGGACCGCACGCAAGGGCGAAGCGGGCGCUGCUGGGCAAUUACUUGGGUCAGAUAUGUCACGGCGACUACUUGGAGGUCGGGUGCGUGCAGACAUUGCUGGAAGCGAUCGGGGCGGCCAACGGUCGCGCCAACACCGUAUACGCUCAAGGGUCCGGCAUCAACGACACUUCUACCGCACACUUUGACCAUGCGGAAGCAGUUGCACGGGAAGCAGAUGCCGUCGUUUUGUGUCUCGGCAUCGAUACGUCCAUUGAGCGCGAAGCAGGGGAUCGCGAGAACAUCGAUGUGCCCGAUAUCCAGAUGCAGCUGCUGAAGCGAGUCCGUCGUGCCGGCAAGCCGACGGUUGUCGUGCUCUUGAACGGGGGCGUACUGGGCGCUGAAGAGCUCAUCUUACAUACGGAUAGUGUCCUGGAAGCGUUUUACCCAGGCGUCUACGGUGCGCAAGCUGUGAGCGACGUACUCUUUGGCGAUGCCGUGCCAAGCGGCAAACUGCCUGUUACGAUGUACGCGUCGGACUACAUUCACAAGGUGGACAUGAAAAGCAUGAGCAUGACGAAAUACCCUGGUCGCUCGUACCGCUACUACAAAGAGGUGCCCGUGUUUCCGUUCGGCUGGGGUCUCAGCUACACUACGUUCACUUUGGCUCUCGACAUCGACAGCCACGUGACGGACCCAAACGAACCUCUCGUCGUGACGCGUGAUGUGGAUGUAAACGUCACUGUCGUCGUAUCGAAUGAGGGCAACUUCGCUGCAGAUGAGGUCGUGUUUGCCUUCUUCCGUCCGUUGAACGUGAGUGCGACUGGCGACGCUGCACUGCUGAAUGAGCAGUUGUUUGACUACCGUCGCGUGAGCUUGCGGCAGGCCGAGCACCACAAGGUCACUUUCCGUAUCCAGCAAAGAACGCUCGCGAUGGUCGACGACAUGGGCAACCACGUCAGCUAUCCUGGUUUCUACGAAGUCGUGCUGACGAACGGGGUGCAUGAGCGAGUGACGUUUGCUGUUCACCUGGUGGGCGAGUAUGAGAUAGUCGACCAGUUUCCGACAGACCAGAAGAAACACAAUGGCUCGCGUGCUCUAGCAGCACAAGCGGUGCAGUAG